AUGUUUGAAAAAGCCAUCGUGACGUUUGCGUCACCCAAAGACGCCGAGGCUUUUGACUUGGUCGGCUCAACCAUCUUGGUUGACGAGUCGGAUCCGAUUGGCAUUCACAUCGCAGCGCAGAACCUCGCGCAGGACUUUGGUCGUGUUACCCAGUCUGAACAGAGCAUCGUCCAGGUCGUCCAAGAUACCAAAGUUGAUGCCGCCGGGGGAUCUGCCGCUGCCAUCAUCAUCGGUUCAAUCGAACACAGCUCAAUUCUCCAGCGGCUGGAACAAGAUGAGAAGCUCAGCUUUGACCAAAUUCGAGGGAAAUGGGAAUCCUUUUCCACCCAUGUAAUCGAUCAACCCUUGCCAGGCGUGCAGAAAGCCCUCGUCAUUGCUGGGAGCGACAAGCGAGGGGCAAUCUUCGGCGCCUAUACCCUCUCUGAACAAAUCGGAGUCUCUCCGUGGUAUUACUGGGCUGAUGUCCCUCCCAAGCAUCAUGAAGCUAUCUACGCAAUACCGGUGCCGACCUGCCAUGGUGAACCAAGCAUUCGCUUCCGCGGCAUCUUCAUCAACGAUGAGGCUCCCGCCCUGACUGGCUGGGUCCGAGCCAAUUUCGGGAGCUACAACUCUGAAUUCUACAAGAAGGUCUUUGAACUACUUUUGAGACUCAAGGCCAACUUCCUCUGGCCGGCAAUGUGGCCAGGCUACCCCAACCCCGGUGCAUCGUUCUUCACAGAUGACGCACUCAACCCUCAGCUCGCCGAAGACUACGGAAUCGCCGUCUCCACGUCCCACCACGAGCCCAUGCAAAGGAUGUCCAAUGAGUGGUUCGCAGACAACCCGGACGGCAGCUGGAACUGGCUCACCAACAAGGAGAAGAUCACCGCUUUCUUUGACGAGGGCGUCAAGAGAGCAAAGGGCCGCGAGUCGUACUUCACGUUGGGUAUGCGCGGCGAGUAUGAUAGAAAGAUGAAGACGGAUGAUCCGGCUGCUGUGGUAAGGGAUGUAAUUAAGACCCAGCGUGCUCUUAUCAAGCAAGUUCAUGGGAGAGAAGAUGCUGUACCACAGCUUUUGGCCUUGUACAAAGAGGUGCAGGAGCAGUAUGAGGAAGGGAAUCUUGAUGUACCCGAUGAUGUCACCCUUCUUUUCGCCGAUGACAACUUUGGCAGUAUCAGGCGUCUUCCAUCUGGACCGGAGAGGGAUAGAAAGGGAGGCGCAGGGCUACAAGAAGCCCACAGACGUAACGCGAAGCAAAUCUGGGUGUUCAACGUUGGUGACAUUAAGCCGAUGGAAGUACCGCUCACAUUCGCAAUGACGUUGGCCUGGGACAUUAACUCUAUCGGCGCCACUAACUUUGCAAACUUCUACCAGAAAAUGGCAGAGGCAAACUUUGGAACAGAUCAGUCCGAAGGAAUCGCCUCAGUGUGGCAUAAAUACGAUCGACUCUCUGCACUGAGGAGACACGAACACAUUGAACCAACGACCUUUUCCUUGAUCAACUACAAUGAGGCGGAAGACAUCGUACACCGCUGGAAGACACUUCUUCUAGCAGCCGAGGAGAUCUACAACCAGACCCCAGAGGAUCAUAAGGCAGCUAUUUUCGAAACGGUCCUGCACCCAGUCAAAGCAUCGACAAUCUUCACCAAACUCCAAGUGACCCUAGGCCGGAACAGACUCUACGCCCGCCAACGCCGCAACUUCACCAACAAGCUCGCCCGCGAGGUCCUCGACCUCUUUGAUGCAGAUUACGCCCUCUCAGAGGAGUUUCACGCUCUGUUGGACGGCAAGUGGGACCAAAUCAUGAGCCAGACGCACUACGGCUACGAAGAGACAUGGCACGCGCCGUACCGCGACAUGAUUAGCGGCCUGUGCUACGUCCAGCACCGGCAGCGCUCGAAUCCAGUCAUGGGGCAGAUGGGGAUUGCUGUCGAAGGCCACGAAGGCGUGCGGCCGGGCAGGACGAAUGAGGAGUCUGAUAGGACGCAUCCCAGCCGGCGGGACUUGGUUCCUGGGGUGACGUUGGGACUUAUUAGCCGGUAUGGGCCGAUGAAGAGGCGGCUUGAUAUUUACAGCCGAGGACCUCAGGUCACGCGUUGGAAGGCUGCUGUUCCAUACGACUGGAUCAAGCUCUCAGCUUCGUCUGGGACGCUUGAUCCUGAUGGCGAGGAUGCGCGGAUCGAGGUCACGGUUGAUUGGGACCAGGUGCCAGAUGACUUUGACCAGGAAAUCUUGAUCGAGGUCCGAUCUGAGGAGGGCGAUUUUGAGCAGGUACAUCUACCCAUCACUGGCAGACGCAUCCCCGGAUCGUUCAAGGAAGGGUUUGUCGAGGGUGAUGGAUACGUUUCCAUCCCAGCGGCUCAUCAUCCCCUCCAAGGUCUUAGAGCACUGCCGGAGUGCGGCAGAACCCCGGAGGGAGCGAUUGUCCUUGACCCAGGAACGGAGAGCGCGGAGCUCACAUAUAAGUUCUACGUCUUCUCGCAGACAGCGAGCCCGUCUCUGUUGUUAGACUUCAACAUGACGCUCGACCUGGAUCCGGUAGACCCGAUGUCUUACGACUUACAGGUUGAUGGCGGACUGUUACAGACUCACCGGCUGUCACCCAAGACCAACGAUCUCCCUGACGGGUGGUUCUAUGCCGUGCAGGAUUGUGCUUGGUUGCGAAAGCAUGAUUUGGGCGAGGAUGGGUUUGGUGCGGGGGAGCAUACCGUGAGAAUUCGUCUCAAGCAUUCGAAUUUGAUUUUUGAAAGGCUCGUUGUUGAUGUUGGCGGAGUGCGGGAGAGUUACCUUGGACCGCCCCCGAGUGUCUUCAUUUCCUAA